AUGGAACGCGGGCGCAAAAAACGCAUGGUCCUCCGGGCACAGGCCACACGUCUCAUCAACGAAUGUGAGCAGGGCAGGCAAGUUAGCCUCACACCGAACGAAGCGGGAGUGCUGCAUGCCCGGCUGACGUCUAUACGGACAGAGCUCGACGCUGUCAACAACGAGAUUGAGGGCUUGGUUUCCGAAGACGACCUGGAGGAAGAGUUCACGCAAGUGAUAGAAUAUAACGACUGUAUCGUGCAAUGCUUGGCACGGCUGGAGCAGCGAAGGAACGGCGGCUCAAAUGAAAUCUCUCGAGCUCUAGCUGCCCAGAGCCAACCAGCUCAGCAGAUUAACGGUGACGCAACCGAAACAACGACGUCACAAAAAAUGAACGUGAAAUUGCCAAGGCUUGAGCUGGUCAAGUUCAGUGGGCGACGGCACGAGUGGCAGCCUUUCUGGGAGUUGUUCGAACAGGUGGUGGACAACAACGAUCAACUUUCCACACUGGAUAAGUUCCACUACCUGAGGGCAUCUCUCACAGGUGAUGCAGCUGCGGUGCUUACCGGCCUACCCCCAACGUCCCGGUGCUACAACGACGCGAAGCAGCUUCUGAGAAAACGCUUCGGAAACGAAGAGCUUCUAAUCCAGGAGCACAUGAAGAAGCUCAUCGACGUUACACCUGUGCGCGCUUCGGACGAUGUGCGCGGACUUCGGCGUCUCUACGACACUGUCAGCGCAUAUCAGGGGACUCGAGACUCUCGGCCGGAAGCUCGACAGCUUCAGCUCCAUGCUGCUGCCCAUCGUGCAACGAGCGAUGCCGAAAGAGAUCCUGUUGGACUUCAGCCGUAA